AUGGCUGAAAUUACCAAUGAAGAAAAUCUAAACUUAACUGAAAUUACCAGUGAAGAAAAUUUAAACUUAACGGGUUAUUCUGAUACCGAUGAUGAUGAUGAUGAGAUGGAAAAUGUUGAAAAUGUUGAUCAACCUGAAGCUAGUCAAUCUGAAAAUGUUGAAUUAAGUGAAAAUAUUCAUGCUGGUGAUGUUGAGGGCAAUCAGGAUAUUCAAAUUUGUGGUAGUGACGACGACGAUGACGGACAAUUAGACGAGCAAGUAAUCCAAGGUUUUUUACGACAUUUAGUGCAAUUACAAGAACAAGUUGUAAAAAAAAAGAAAGAGAACCGUCUUAUUCCAUGCGUUUCAAAUUUUUUGAAAUUAGAUUUUGAUCAAAAAAGUCAACAAAUUUCACCAACUAUUAUACGUCAUCUACUACAUGUGUGUGAAUUAAUUGUGCGCGACAAACUUGAUAUAAAAAUAGAUCAUGGUGACCGCGGUGUUUUAGAACAUAUUACCAGUAAAGAUUGUCCAAAGAAAGAUAUAAAAUUUACGCUUGUGGAAGAUAUGCGCAUUCACAGUUAUAUUCGGAAAGCCGUCAGACAACUGGAAGCGAUCAAACAAAAUCAUUCACAUAAAAAUGGGGGACGAAGUAAAGCGGUUAGCGUUGAUAGACGCAAAUAAAUUGAAUAGUCUGAUGGACAUGCUUACCAAAAAUAAUGCACGAGAUGAAUUAUUAAACACCGCGAAACGCAGUAGUGAAGAGGCGGGUCUUAUUGAAAGUCGUCAGGAAGUAAAAAAAUCUGUUAAAAAUAAUUCUUCCACAGCGGGCAACGAUAUUAUUAAUUUUCUACGAAAAACAGACAGUUAUCGAAAAUCGGUUGGUCUAGAUCAACCCGUAAAUGAUGAUGAUGAUGGUGCAAAUGCACCUGUUCCAGUCACAGCGGGUGUAAGUGGUGCCGGUCAUAAAGCGGGCACGGUGGCUGCUUCAGCGCAUAAAAUCGAGCAACAUUUACAAAAACACGAUGUUAAACCAAUCGCAAAUGGUAUUAAAAUGGGCGACACUGAACUAAAUAUAUCCUAUGAGGAUAUGAUGGAAGAUUUAACACGAAACUAUACUCAAACGCAGCCCAAUUUAACACCUAACAACCGACGUAGAGUAUUGAUAUUGUUGAAAAGAACGGGCAUGCCCGUUUCAUAUGUUCGAAAUAAAAAAAUGAAAGAAGAAUACAAGCAGCUAUUAAGUGUAAGCAAACCAUCAGCUUCAGCGUCUCCAUCCACACUUAUUCCUACGCCGCAAACGAGUAAGGGUAAAAGUAAAAGUAAAGGGAGAAGAUACAGAAGUUAUCUUUCGGCUUAA